GGUAAUGGGCGUGCCCUACCCAUAGAAAUGAUUUCCGCACUGCUAACGUCGGGUCAUUCUUACUAGCAGCUUCUCUUGUCCUGUGGCUUUCGAAAGAUAAUGUCAGAAGAUUCAUCUCCUAGGAAUAGACGUAUGAACACUAAUACUGACCCAUCGCUUCAAGAACAGAAAGAGAGAACCGAGCCUACAAUGAGAGCCUCAACCAUCAGUGGAUCUGCUAAUGCCUAUAUUAGCACCAUGGACCCAAAGUGGAAGAACUGGUGGAUAAGAGGUGUUUUUGCAGGAAUAAUGAUCGGGCUAUUUAUCGUGUUUAUAUACAUGGGCCCUCUUGCUCUAACUCUACUGAGUGCUGGUGUCUUCACGAAAUGCUUCCAAGAGAUUAUUAAAAUUGGUCAUUCAAAAUAUCAGGAGUAUAAUUUGCCGCUAUAUCGAGUCUUGAACUGGUUAUUUUAUUUCAUAUUCCUAUACUAUAUAAUUGGUUAUAAUCUAAUACAGUAUUAUCCAGAAUUCUUCUCAACAGGUUUUGCUGAAGUAUUAGCAACUUAUCAUAAAUUAACCUGCUUCUUUCUUUAUGUUUUUGGGUUUGUCAUGUUUGUACUGACACUUCAAAAAGAUUUCUACGGGGUUCAGUUCACCAUGUUUGGUUGGACUCACAUAACUCUCUUCUUUAUGGGCAGUGACAUGUUCAUGGUAAUGCAGAACAUUUACGAAGGUCUUUUCUGGUUUUUAAUACCAGUUACUCUGGUCAUAUGUAACGACAUAAUGGCAUAUGUUUUUGGUUUUUUCUUUGGUCGUACUAAACUCAUCAAUCUCUCUCCCAAGAAGACUUGGGAAGGAUUCCUUGGUGCUCUGUUUUCAACAAUAUUGUUUGGAUUAUUGUUUGCAUUCAUUCUUGCCAAGUAUGACUUAGCCUGUUAUGCCAGUCAAACUGCCUGCGAAAACUCCCCAUUAUUUAAAUACAAAGAAUACAAUUUCUUGGGCAUGCAAAUCCAGUUGUACCCAGUCAUGAUACACACCCUCAUGCUGGCCAUAUUUGCUUCUCUCAUUGCUCCUUUUGGUGGGUUCUUUGCUUCAGGAUUCAAAAGGGCCUUUAAAAUCAAAGAUUUUUCAGAUGCUAUCCCAGGCCAUGGUGGACUAAUGGACAGGAUGGACUGUCAAAUUUUAAUGGUGGCUUUUGCUAAUGUCUACUACUUCACCUUUUGCAGUACUCCAAAUAUUGAGCGUGUUUUGGGACUGAUUGGCUCACUGAGCAUUGAGCAGCAACACCAAGUGUUUGAAACACUACAGGAAAGACUGGGAACUGCUAAAACAUAAUAAAAAGAAACAUAUGCUUUAUAUCGUAAUUAUAUCUUUUCCUUUCACGCGUGCAUUAUUAUUAUUAAUAUAUUGUUAUUAUUGUUGUUGUUGUUAUUAGGUUAAACAUGUCUAUACCCCAAAUUUUUGUUCUCUCUCUCUCUCUCUUUCUUCUCCCUUUACAGAUUUUGGGUAUUUUUAAUAAAUAUAAUUAUUAUCACUAGCAAUAGUGAUACAAGA